AUGAGUGUACUUCCACCAGUGAUAAACAACCGAGACGGUAUCAAGCCUCUUCCGGAAGAGAAACAAAAGGAUCAAAACGCAGUACCAGACGAGAAUGAAAAGAAGAAAACCCCUCCACCGCAAGAUGAUGCUCCAUACUGCGUUCUUCCGGAGCGUCAAAAGGUUUCCUUGAUGCUCCUUGCUUCUUUCGCUGCUGUUAUCUCGCCGAUAUCAAGCAGCAUCUACUUUCCUGCCAUCAAUAAUAUUGCUAGAGACUUGGAUGUUUCUAUUAACCUAGUCAAUUUGACAAUUACAACCUACUUGAUCUUCCAAGGACUUGCCCCGUCGUUUAUUGCAAACUUUUCCGAUAUCCAUGGCAGACGACCAGCAUACUUGAUCUGUUUUACAGUUUAUCUCGCCGCCAACAUUGGGCUAGCCUUCCAGACGUCGUAUCCGGCCUUAAUGGUGCUUCGUUGCUUGCAGAGUUCGGGAAGCAGUGGAACAAUCGCGCUGGGAAGCGCAACCGUGUCUGAUUUAUCAACCAGAGCCGAGCGAGGAAAGUAUAUCGGCUACGCUACUAUGGGUGUCACUCUAGGACCAGCACUGGGUCCUGUCAUUGGCGGUUUGCUGGAUCAUUUCCUUGGCUGGAGAUGGAUAUUUUGGUUCCUGGUUAUUCUGUCUGGAACUUUCGGCGCAAUAAUCGUGAUAUUCUACCCGGAGACCUGCCGCACCGUGGUCGGAAACGGCUCAGUGCCGGCACCAAAGUGGAAUCGUUCGAUAGUCCAGAUCAUAGGCAGCAAGUUGCGGCCUAAUCGGUCAACAGAGCAAAAUCCCAACUAUGCCACUCUUCAAAAUCAAGGCAAACGCCGCGCUAAUCCUCUAGCAGCAGCCUUGAUCGCGACAGAUAGGGAACCUCUCAUGAUCCUAAUAUAUGGAUCGUUACUAUACGCUGGAUUCAUGUCCAUCAUGAGCACCCUGACAACCGAGUUACAAAGUCGGUUUGGGUUCAACUCGAUCCAGAUCGGAUUAUGCUAUCUUCCUCUGGGCGUCGGCAGCCUGACUUCACGAUGGACUGUCGGUUAUCUGUUAGAUUGGAAUUUUAAGCGCGAAGCUGCGCGUCAGGGACUCGCCAUUGUAAAAAACCGACAGCAAGAGAUUGAGAAAUUCAACAUUGAGGUCGCCCGAUUAACCAUUACCCUUCCGCUAGUUUAUUUUGGCGCCCUUUGUCUUAUCGCAUAUGGAUGGGUUAUGCAGUACAAAACCGCACUGGCAGGGCCCAUGGUGAUGCUGUUUUUCAUGGGCCAUUGUACCACCGCCGCCUUCAGCUCGUUGAACACGCUCAUCGUGGACACACAUCGCCAGAGCCCAGCCACCGCUGUCGCUGCAAAUAACCUGUGGAGGUGUCUGGUGGGCGCUGGGGCGAUUGCUGCAGCCAAUCCUUUAAUUGACCGUAUCGGUAUUGGCUGGACGGGGUCAUUUAUUGCCUUCUUAUGGAUUAUUUUCAGUCCGAUUCUGUGGGCUGUCUAUAAACGGGGGCAUGGGUGGCGGGAGGCUUCACGAAUAAAGAGCGCAGACGCCGAGGCGUUGAAGAAUGUUGAAAAAGGCACCGGUUAA